AUGCUUGUCAAUUUACAGGUUAAAAACGGCAGUAAUGAGACCAGUGCACCACGACCGCCACCGAAGCCAGAGCAGAUUUACAAGCCGAAGUUCCUCGUCUUCGAUUCGUGCCUGAGGGAGCUGCUCGACAGGUGCCUGGUCUGUGGUGCACCAGAAUGCAAAGUGAAGCUGGACUUUGUGGGCACGAUGGUCUGGCACUUCGAGCAAGCAACGCUCCUCGAUGGUCUUCGAGGAAAGCGGUUGUGCCUUGCUGGAGACGGGAGGGCUGACACGCCAGGCCGCUCCGCAGACUUCGGCACAUACACGUUGCUGGAGACGUCCACCAACCGUGUCCUGCACACUGAGCUUGUGAAAUCCAACGAGGUUUCGUCAAGCAACAGGAUGGAGACUGAGGGGAUGGAGCGGUGUCUGAACUACCUCCGUGCCCAAGACAUGUCGGUCGACACGCUGGUAACCGACCGGCACUCCGAGGGCAAGGCUGCCCUGAGGAGGAACCAUCCUGACUUCAGACAUCAUUUCGAUGUGUGGCAAGUUGCCAAAGGUGUUAACAAGAAGAUCGUCGCUGUGGCCCGACGAACGAAGCACAGUGCACUUCUGAAGUGGAUCAAAACCAUCAUCCGGCACCUCCACUGGUGUGCUCGCACGAGUGAUGGGGACGGCAAGCUCGUCCUGGCCAAGUGGGUGUCCUUGAUCAGGCACAUGAUCAAUGUCCAUGAGCACCCUGAUCCCCUACACCCAGCCUGUGAACACGGCAAGAUCUCUGAUCGUCUCUGGCUCGAGGAAGGCACUGAGACAUUCAAGAAGCUGGAAGCUAUCCUGAUGGCACCGCACCUCCUGAGGGACAUCCCAUUCCUGUCGGCAAAGGAGCAGACGUUUGGACUAGAGUCCUUUCAUGCAGUCUUGAUCCACUUUGCCCCGAAGUCGAGCAAGUUCCUCUUUGAGGGAAUGCUAUCACGCACCUACAUCGCGGCCCUGCACUUCAACCAUAAUGCGGACAGGGACGUCUUGAUCGACGAAGAUGGAAAUCCAAGGUUCCAUCAGAAGUGCUCCAAGGCGGACAGGCGAUGGACUGUUGUGCCUGCCAAAGAAGCACUCACAUAUGACUAUGUGCAGAAGCUGAUCGACGCUGUGCUGGGGUGCUUGGUUCGGUGGCCCACCUACGCCAUUGCCGAGAGGGCUGCUUACCGGCAGUCCCAUGACACUCUCAGCAGCAAGUGUGGCGUGAAACCACAGCUGGAGGACGCCAUCGCAAGGCAUAGAUCACGCUUCUAA